AAUGUUUAAUAAAUUGCUCCUUUUUAAUUGUUUUCCUUCGUCUAAAACAAAGGGGCGACACAAAUGAAAUCGCCUCGACAAUGUGGCAAAGAAUGGAUGCCGAGUAUUCUAAAUUAAGGUAGAUAUCUAUUAACGCCAAACCGUGGACUUUCAUUGGAUGAAGAGCCAAUAUUAAGAAAAGCCCUUGAAACUUUAAAAUUUUUGUCCAUCACUGAAAGAGACAUAAGAGACAAUCUGCCCGCAAAACUCAUAAAAACUAGUCUGCCCAUCUGUUGGAGCCAGUUUAAACAGACAACGAUCGAGAAAAGUGGUUUUAAAAAGCUACUGGGUUGGGUUCACCAUUGGAAAAGAGAUGGAUGUAAAAUCCGAAAGCAACGCUACUGAGACUGUCCCUGCAGAACAAGUUCCCGUAGAGGGAGAUGAAGAAGCCGAAGAAGUGAACUCGUCGUCCGAAGACGCCACGGCUGCAGCGAAGAAAAAGAAAACUCGCUAUCGCACAACAUUUAGUCAGUAUCAGCUAGAAGAGCUUGAACGAGCAUUCGACAAAGCCCCUUAUCCUGAUGUCUUUGCACGGGAAGAAUUAGCCUCUAAACUUGGUUUGACAGAAGCAAGAAUCCAGGUCUGGUUCCAGAACAGACGAGCAAAAUGGCGAAAACGAGAAAAGCUGUGCGCUUUUGGAGCAGUUCCCCCGGGACAUGGUAUGGUCUACCCUUGGUUACACCAAGAGCCAUUCUCUCCUAACACAUCGUACCCUGUGACUUUCCCCUCGGGUCUUGGACACGGCAGUACCCCACGGGACAUGUGCUCGUCCUUUUACCAAGCCACGACACAUCCAAUGCAGUGUUUCCGUUCGCAAGUUCCGGCCGUAAUGCGCCCCGGUUGUCCCGAUCCUCGUGAAUGCCCUUGCUCUUGCAGCAUGCUGUCUACGACGGGGAGCCCGUGCUUUAUAGCACCCCCCUACCGACUUGAGGAGUCCGGGCGGGGAUUUGAUGUCCUACCCGAACAUUCUGGUGGAAUAACGAGGGAAACCAACCGAGUCUCCAGUAUCGCUUCUCUUCGCCUUCGAGCCAAAGAACAUCAGAUGAAUAUUGUGCAGAUUCUUAGUAGAAAAUAAAAUGGGACUGAACGCAACGUCAAAUUCAUAUCUAAGUAGUUUUAAACAAAAUUCAGAAGUAUAUACAGUAAAACUUCAUAUGGUAGUGGCAAAGUGAAUGUGCGAUUAUAACGCAUCGAACUUGUAAAUACUAAUGGUUAUCACUUCGAUACUCUUGGCUGUGUAGCGGACUUAACCGUAUUAAUAUUUCAGUAUUUGUAAUUUUAUAACCAUAGCCUGACUAUGAAUUCUUCGAACUGCAUCUCAGGCUCGAGUUUUCAAAAUAAUGUAAAACAAAUUUAAAGCGAACAUAACUGUAAAUAAAUUUAUACAAUUGA